AUGUCAAAACCUAUCUCCGUCAGGUAUUCUGAAGCUCUGAAGCAAGUGGAAAAGCUUGACAGCUCAUCUUUGCGUAAAGAUUCUACUGCUUAUAAAGAAGAGUUACACGAAGUACUCAAUUCCCUGAAUACUGUCAAAAAAUCAAUUCAAGAGAACUCCUUAUUCAGCGUGAAUGAAGAGAUUGAUGAAGUCAGUACUUCAAAUAUAAGACUAUUGGGUAUCGACUACUACAUUGCGACAACUAUAGGAAAUACAGUCGUCAAUAGAGAGGAAAUGUUGAAGACAGCUAACGGUCUUUUCUUGCAAUUUCUUUACACUCUUGAGAAUUAUGGAGUUUUGGAGAAAUCACAGACGGCAAAAUUGGAUGGAUUUACAUCUUCUUAUAGUCCCAAAAUUGAGGAAUUGCGCUCAAACGACGCAGUAAGAAGAAGACAAGACAAGAUUGAUGAUUUCAAGCGCGAGAGGGAGUUCAGAGAGAAAUUGAAGGUCUUAGAUUCUUUGGAUUUCAACAACUUGGAUGAAGAGAUCGUGAGAAAGGUUUACAUUGAUGAGUUGAAGUUUUUUGCCCUCAAAUCGUUCCAAAAUUUGGAAUCCAACUUGAUGGAGCUGGAAGUUCUUGCAAACAUGCCUAUUCGUCCUGUAGAGCCAGAAAUUGUCUCUGACGAGCGCGAGAAGCCAAAGAAAUUUGAUGAAACAUACACCCCUAAAUUGGAGUCUUUAACAAAUCCAGUUUUGUCCAAAAAUGGUAAGGUUUUACGGCCUUUCACGAUUGUUCCAUCCACACGUGAUAAAUUACAAAAGAAAGUGUUUGGAACUGGCCAGGUUUUGCCUACAAUGACUGUUGAAGAGCUGGUUGAUAUGGAAUUGGCGAAUGGUGGAAUGGUGAAAGACUCUCUUCCUGAGAAAGAGUUUGACGAAGAUGAUAAUGAAGACAAUGACCGUCUCACGUACAAAAAUCGUGAAUGGGACGAAUUCACGGACAAUAAUCCAAGGGGAAGUGGAAACACACAGAAUCUUGGAUAG